AUGGUAAUAUAGAUAUUUUCUUGGAUAAUCAGAAAGAGAUGCUCUCGAUCUCAUCUCCCCAAAAUCAGAGUAAACCCUAAUUGUCUGUAGCUUUCUCUCUCGAAGGGGAUCUUUGCUUUGCCCUUUCUUGACUCUGGUUUAUUCCUUUCUCGUGAAUCUCUUCUCUCUCUCUCUCUCUCUGUUUGUGGAUUCGUCGAAGAGAGAGAUAUAGAUCCGGUAUGGCGACUGAUAACACGGGCGCGAAAUCGAGCUCCUCCUCGGCAGAUUCUUACGUAGGGAGCUUGAUUAGUUUGACUUCCAAGAGCGAGAUCAGAUACGAAGGCAUCCUUUACAACAUCAACACCGAUGAAUCCAGUAUCGGACUUCAAAACGUCCGAUCAUUUGGAACUGAAGGAAGGAAAAAAGAUGGUCCUCAAGUUCCUCCAAGUGAGAAAGUUUAUGAGUACAUAUUGUUCCGUGGAACCGAUAUCAAGGAUUUGCAAGUCAAAGCUUCUCCUCCAGCUCAGCCUACCUUAAACAAUGACCCUGCUAUCAUUCAGUCUCACUACCCUAGCCCGAUCCCAACAUCUAGUGUCUUGCCUCCCACCGUGAGCAAUUCAAUGCCUGACAUUAGUUCUCAUAAUGGACAACCUAGUCCUGGGCAGCAUGGGAUGGGAUUCCAAAACUCAAUGCCUUUGUAUCAGCCUGGCGGAAAUCUUGCUCCGUGGGGAGCCUCACCUCAACCACCAAUGUAUUGGCAAGGAUACUACACCCCACCUCCCAAUGGCCUUCCCCAGUUGCAUCAACAGUCUUUGAUUCGGCCUCCUCAUGGGCUGCCUAUCCCCGGUUCCCUGCCGCAACCCAUUCCGUAUCCUAACUUUAAUUCUCCUCAACCUACAGGGUCAUCAAAUUUGCAGGGCUCAAGCUUGCCGGAACCACCUUCGUCACUGUUUCCUUAUAGUAGCAGUUCUCAAGCUCUAGCACCCAGUUCUUUGCCUUUUACUGGUUUACCUAUGACGCUGUCUUCAGGCCAGCAAUCAACGUUGCAGUCAGCACCAUCUCCUUCCCUAGCUUCAGAGAUGGCACCUCCUUUGUUUUCGAACAAGGCUCCUAUUGCUGCACCUCCUACCCUACCUCAGGAUACUAGUUUGCUUCCCUUUUCUCCACCAACUACUAGAGCCACUGAUACAAGUGCUGGCUUUCCACUAGUUACUGAUCCUAUAUCUGUGCCACAGACAACACCAUUAGCAUCUGCUCCUGAUUCUGAAGUUUCUAGUUCCAUCAGCCAAGAUAAGCCAAAACCUUUGUUGGUUACUCCUGGCCAACUGUUGCAGUCUGGAUCUGCGUCAGUCUCUUUGUCCCCACACUCUAACAACGCUGGUAAAGAUGAUGAGUUGGUUCAAGUAUCAUCAUCAGCUGCGUUGGAACAAUCUGCUCCAGUUACAUCAGAAGCCCAACCCCCAAUACUGCCAUUGCCUUCCUCGGCAAGGCCAACUCAGAAGCCAAACGGGCAUUCCUUCCCAACCCAUAAUGGUUACAGGGGACGUGUGAGAGGAAGGGGAAGAGGAGCAGGGCGAUCACACCAGGUAAUGAAGUUCACUGAAGAUUUUGACUUCACGGCGAUGAAUGAAAAGUUCAAUAAGGAUGAAGUAUGGGGUCAUCUUGGGAAGAGCACCAAUGGUGAUGGUGAUGAUGAUUUCCCAAUCGUAGAUGAACCUGAGCUGCCUAAGGUCGAGGUCAAACCUGUUUACAACAAAGACGACUUUUUCGAUAGCCUAUCAUCAAACUCCGGCAACCGAGAUUCCCAAAAUGCAAGGCCUAGGUUCUCAGAGCUACGUAAACUAGAUACUGAGACAUUUGGUGAGUUCUCAAGAUUCAGAGGAGGCCGAGGAGGUCGUGGUGGUUAUGGUAGAAACGGUCAUUCACGUGGUGGCUAUGGCGGUCGUGGCUAUGGCGGCUAUAAUGGUCGAGGUGGUGGCGGCGGUGGAGGCUACGGGUAUGGUGGUCGUGGCCAAGGGAGAGGUGUGUGAAAUCGUACUUGCCUAAAAGGAUUUAUAAAAGACUCGGAAUCCGAAGGAGCUUAUCAUGCUCAUGUACUUUUGGUAUGUUGCAAUAAAAGAAAACAAACUUGAGUCUUAUGUAAUGCUUUUGUUGUUAGAGAAACC